AUGAAGAUUAUUUGUUGUUUAUUAUUAUUUAUUCUUCUGAUUAAAUAUAUAGAAGCAAAAAAAGUUCAUCGUACGUAUGUAGUUGUACGAAAUGCAACAGCUCCUGGAAAACCAAUGUAUGGAUUUAAAAUAUUCGAUUCAAAAGAAAAAACGUGUUUAUAUCGAAUAAGAGUUUCGUCGAAGGCUGUGGAUAGUGCUAUACUUGUUGAUAAUUUUGAAAAGAAUAUAAUGGCUAAUCUUGAAGGUAUAUGGAUAGAAAAAUUACUUAACGUUACGUUUUCUAUUUAUGAUUCAAAGUUAAAUAAAUGGACAGAUGGAUUUAUACAACGAAAUGCUCAUUUAAUUUCUGUUGAUUAUAUAAUUCAAUUUAAUAAUCAGCAACUAAUUGCAACAUCGAAUAACUAUUUUAAAAAAGUCAACGUUUAUAAUAAAAAGAAAAAAGAAUUAUUAGCUCAAUUUCAAUAUCGUACUCGAUGGCUAUCUCAGAGACCGGUCAAAUAUGAUUUGAAAAUCUAUUCAAAUCAAGUACCUGAUGCUAUUUAUUUUUUCUUAGUAUUAAUUUUGGAUCAUCGAGGCCAUGCUGGCGAUACCUAA